AUGACAACACAAACAAAGGAUCAUAAUGAGGGUGAUGUUGAUACUGAGGUCACGGGCCCGAUGGCUUUGGUACCGCUUGGUGCAGAUGAUAAUGAGCCCGGAGCUUCAGCUGGUGGGCAUUCCGAUGAUGUUGGUUCAAAGUAUGACCCGGAUGGGGAAAUAGCCACUAGUGUUAUGUGCUUGAAGACUGCCAAGGAAGUCUGGAAGGACAUCAAUGAAAGAUUUGGUCACUCGAAUGGCUCUAAGUACAUUAAAAUCCAGAGGGAAAUUAACUCAACCACUCAAGGUUCAUCUGAUAUAGCUUCCUACUUCACAAAAAUGAGGAGUUUAUGGGAUGAAUUAAACUCCUCUUAUGUAAGGCUUGUUUGUUCUUGUGGGGCCCUGCCUAAAUUCAUUGAAGAUCAACAGUUAUUUCAGUACCUUAAUGGUCUAAAUGAUUCUUAUUCCACAGUCAAAAGUGUUAUUAUGUUGAUGAACCCCUUUCCACCCAUCAGUAAAGCCUACUCACUCUUGCAACAAGAUGAAAGCCAAAGGGAAGCCCAAUCUCCUGCACCAAAUUUCUCUAGUGGUACAACCUCCUUCCUAGUUUCUCCUGCAUCCUCCAGCACUAAUAGGAACUUCACUCAGAAAUUCAAUUUUGAGACAAGGAAGGGUACUACAUCUUUUACUUGCAAGUACUGCAAGAAACCUGAUCAUAGUGUGGAUACGUGCUACAAACUCUAUGGAUUUCCACCAAAUUUCAAAUUUUGCCAGAAAUAA